AGAGAGAGAGAAAUAGCCCGCUGGGUGAAUGGCCAACGUAUCCCUGAAUAACGGAAAACCUUACCGAAAUCAUACUGCAACCAAAAAAUUUUGGAUUAUUUUCAAAGUUUUUAACAACAGCGAAAAUGAAAAGACUUAACGAGGAAAGGACAAAAGUUUUAUUUGAGAAAUUAGCCAAAUACAUUGGACCAAACAUAAAAUUGCUAAUUCAACGACCCGACGGAUUGUAUUGUUUUCGGGAAAAAAAGAACAGAGUUUAUUACGUUUCGGAGACAAUACUAAAAUUGGCUAGUACAAUUCCUGAUGAUAAUUUAAUAUGCAUGGGCACUUGUUUUGGAAAGUUUACUAAAUCUGGUAAAUUUAGAUUGGAUAUUACGGCACUCAAUUACCUAGCUCCUUAUGCACAGUGUAAGAUAUGGCUGAAACCUUCAGCAGAACAACAGUUCUUGUAUGGCAAUCAUGUCACAAAAGCGGGUCUAGGACGAAUAAGUGAAAAUGUUGAAAAAUAUAAUGGUGUGCUGGUAUACAGCAUGUCAGAUUUACCAUUGGGUUUUGGCGUUGCUGCUCGAUCAACAGCUGAAUGCAAGCUAGCCGAUCCACUAGCUUCAAUCUGUUUCCAUCAAGCUGACAUUGGGGAGUAUAUUCGAUCAGAACAGGAUUUAUUUACUAAUUUAGCUUAGCAGUUUUUUUAUAUAUAUAUAUAAAAGUACUCUUCUAGUUAAUAUUUUUAUUGCGAAAAAAACUGAAAACAA